AUGGCCGAGCUAGUGAAGAACCCAAAGGAAAUGGAGAAAGUACAGGCCGAAAUUGUAGGGGAACAUGGACGAGUCACAGAGGAGUUACUGAGUACAAUGACACAACCACAGGCCGCCAUCAAAGAAGCUCUACGAUUGCAUGCACCAGUGCCAAUGCUUGUCCCCUGCGAGGCGGUCCAAGACACCAAGCUGCAUGGUUACGAUAUCCCAGCCAAGACCCGGGUCCUCAUCAACGCAUGGGCGAUUGGCAGAGACGAAGAGUCAUGGGAGGAUGCAGAUGCAUUCAGGCCAGAGAGGUUUGUGAAUACAAACUUUGACUACAGUGGUAAAGACUUCCGAUUCAUAUCAUUCGGUGCUGGGAGGAGAGGAUGCCCUGGCAUUGGCUUUGGGACGCGCCUCGCGGAUCUUGCACUAGCAAAUUUGUUGUAUCAUUUUGACUAG